CAAAGAUAUAAAGUUGACCAUUAAACAAUUACUAUAAUAAAAUUCAAACGAAAAUAAGAUAUGCAUCAAGUUAUUUGCAAUUUUUUGUUGAAAUUUUAAAAUCUUGAUGUAGUAAAUCUAGAAAAAUGAAUAUUUUCCGACACCUACCUUAUGAUUACAAUAUGAUUAUUAAAUAUUAUGCAAAAACAAUUCGAUCACUUAAUCGUAUCUGAAAGAAAAUGAAUAGAAAACUUUUAAGUUUUCAGACAUCAACAAUAAAUGAUACAAAUGAUAUCACAUUUAAUAGCCCAUCUGAAAUUUGCGAGCUACAAAACUUGAAUUCAAAUGAACAUAUAGAUGAUAUGAAUGAUAUACCCACGAAACAAAAAAUGGAAAUGCCUGAGCCACCAGAAAAUAUAAAAGUAUCCAGAGAAACGUCAGAUAAAAAAUUAUCAGCCGGUAAAGACAAAAGUAAUAAUAUGAAAAAACUCAACAAUAAAUUGCGAUUUCGUUAUUAUUCAGUAGGAUUGUUAAAUAGUUUACAUUUGCUGACUGCUAACUCAAAUUGCAACAUUGACACAACUAACAAAAUGUACACACCAAUAAAACAUUUAAAACAACCGCGUACACGCAGAUAUACUAUCAACCUUCCAGAAGAAAAUGAUGAAUUACAAUCUCUAACAUUUAAUGAUGCAGCAUCAUAUAUGGAUAUUGGUGGUGACAAUUCUAUUUUAAAUGAAAUCGAAGAACCAUUAUCUUUGGAUACUAAAACUCCAUACAGUCAUCAACGUCAAAGUGUUAUUAAUAAUAAUAUAAACAAUAAGAGUGGUUUUCGUGAAAGAGGGUGGUCUUUGUACAACUUAAAAGAACAAUUUAUUUCAUUCUUUCAACCAUCGGAUAAUAAAUUAGCGCUUAAAUUAUUUGGCAACAAAGUAGCUUUAGCAUGUGAAAAACGUAGGCAGCGUGAACAAGGUAAAUGGAUUAUACAUCCAUGCAGUAAUUUUCGAUUUUACUGGAAUGUAAUUAUGCUCAUCCUACUUAUGGCUAAUCUUAUAAUGUUGCCGGUGAUAAUUUCUUUCUUUAAUGAUGAUCUACCUGGAAAUUGGCUUAUUUUCAACAGUAUCUCAGAUACACUGUUCAUAUUGGAUAUUAUUGUGAAUUUUCGUACUGGUAUUAUCAGAAAUGAUUUUGUAGAUGAUAUUAUACUUGACCCAACAGAAAUUGCCCGCGAAUAUUUGAAGACAUGGUUUAUUUUAGAUAUGAUUAGUUCUAUACCAAUGGAUUAUGUUUUAUUCGCAUUCAAAGGAUAUGAACAAGGUGAAAGGGCUGAACAUUUGGUGCAGGCAGGUCGUGCGCUACGAAUACUGCGAUUAGCAAAACUCCUGAGUUUAUUAAGGCUUCUACGUCUUUCGCGUCUAGUUCGUUAUAUAACACAGUGGGAAGAAUUUAUCAAUAUUGCAAGCAAAUUUAUGGGAAUAUGUAAUUUAGUACUAAUUAUGCUAAUAUUGGGCCAUUGGAAUGCAUGCUUACAAUUUCUUGUACCAAUGUUGAUGGAUUUUCCAAUAGACAGUUGGGUCAGUAAAGCACGAUUACAAAAUGCUCAUUGGUUUGAACAAUAUACAUGGGCUUUGUUUAAAGCACUAUCACAUAUGCUGUCGAUUGGUUAUGGGCGUUAUCCUCCAAGUACAUUGCCAGAAGCAUGGAUUACUAUUAUAAGUAUGAUGACAGGUGCUACAUGUUACGCUCUAUUUGUUGGUCAUGCAGCAGCACUGAUACAAUCAUUUGAUGCAUCUAAACGUAAAUAUCGAGAGAUGUUAAAACAAGUUGAAGAGUAUAUGGCUUAUAAAAAAUAUCCUCGAGCGUUAAGAAGACGUAUUGCUGGUUAUUAUGAACAUAGAUAUAAAGGUAAAAUGUUCAAUGAAAAAGAAAUUUUAGGUGAAUUAUCAGAGUGCCUAAGAGAACAAAUUAUAAAUUACAACUGUCGUGCCUUAGUAGCAUCUGUUCCAAUAUUUGCUAAUGCCGACCAAAAUUUCGUGUCAGAGGUUAUUGUUAAGUUAAAACAGGAAGUAUUUCAACCCGGUGAUUUAAUUAUUAAAGAAGGAACGUACGGCACAAAAAUGUAUUUCAUACAAGAAGGUGUUGUUAAUAUCAUUACUAAAGAUGGUAUACUAGCUACAAGGUUGUCGGAUGGGUGUUAUUUCGGAGAAAUAUGCUUAUUAACAAAUGCACGACGUGUAGCUAGUGUUGAGGCUGAGACUUAUUGUACACUUUACUCACUGGACCAAAAAAACUUCUACGAUGUUUUAGAAAAUUAUCCGGAAAUGAGAGUAACAUUGGAAAAGGUAGCUGCAGAACGCCUACAAUCUCUUGGUCGUAGAGCAUCAAUUAUACAGGCCUCAAACAAUAAAAGUGAUUGGUCAGAUUAUGCUCUAAAAAUGGCUGACGAGGUAAAAUUACGUUAUAAAACACCAACAUAAUGCAAAUUAUUCCACAAAGGAUACCUGCUGUGGAAAAGCCCAGAUUAAUAAUGAAUCAAAUAAAUCCAUUAUUCAAAAAAAUAGAUCUUUAGCAUCCAUGGAUUUCAGCAAUGCUUUUUUGGAAACUGGUCUGAAAACAAAAGUGUCAAAUCCUGUUAUUGUUCAGUCAACUGAAUUGCUAAAUAUCCAUCACCAAAAUGAUCAUUUUGAUAAAGAAAUCAGAUUGAAAAUGCAACAACCUAUUAUUACUACAACACAAAUACAUUUGUCAAAUGAAUUUGAGAGCUCAGUAACAAAUGGAUAGUUAUAUAUACACAUAUAUACAUACAUUUAUUCAUAUUACUUAUAAGUUAAAAGAAACAACCGAUUUCACCAUUAUUCACUAUUGCUAUCAUAAAACUACUCCAUCAGUAUUCCUUCAAUUUUCAUUUUGUAAUUAUUCCCGAACUGCUUUUUUCAUAAACGGAUAUAUGAGCACUUAAAAAUAUGACUGAUGAAACCCUGUUUAAAGACUAUGAUAAACUGUGUAACCUUAUUUCAUUGUUUUUGACUGUUUACAAACAAGUAUAACUAUUGUAGUAGAACCUACUUGGGGUGCAUAUCAACUUUGUAGAUGAUUAUUCCAAAAAUAGUUGCCGAAAGAUUAUUAUUAUUAUUAUUAUUAUUAUUAUUAUUAUUAUUAUUAUUAUUAUUAUUA